GCUCGGGGUGGCUCUCCAGGUCCCGGACGGCCAAGUGGGAGACGGAGAAGUUGGGGGAGGCGGGCGUAAACAAGUCAGGGGGCAGCCCGCCGGCAGCCGCGCCCGCUGGCACCCGCGGGCGGGGAGCGCCACCGGGAGCAGGCGACACUGAUCGUCCUUCCCCGGCUGCGCCGCCGCCUCUCAGGUGUCGGGGCUUUACGCAGCAGAUACACCGAACUCCAGCCUGAAAUUGAGAAGUCCACUGGACGAAAAAAGAUGCGCGCGUCCAUCCCAGAGCCCAAAGUUGGAGACCUGAUUGAGAUUUUCCGCCCUUUCUACAGACACUGGGCCAUCUACGUUGGCGAUGGAUACGUGGUCCACCUGGCUCCCCCAAGCGAAGUCGCGGGAGCUGGUGUGGCCAGCAUCAUGUCCACCCUGACUGAGAAGGCCAUAGUGAAGAAGGAACUGCUGUAUGAUGUGGUGGGGAGAGACAAGUACCAGGUCAAUAACAAACACGAUGACAAGUACUCACCGCUGCCUCCCAGCAAAAUCGUCCAACGGGCGGAGGGACUCGUGGGGCAGGAGUUGCCCUAUUCGUUGCCCUGUGAGAACUGUGAGCACUUUGUGAACGAGCUGCGCUAUGGAGUCGCCCGCAGUGACCAGGUCCGGGACGCCAUUGUGGCGGCUGGCAUCGCAGGAGCCGGCUUGGCAGCCAUGGGCCUCAUUGGAGUCAUGUUCUCAAGAAACAAGCGGCAGAAGCAAUGAGUUGAAGGGCCUGUCCCAUCAGCAGUGACUUUAUCCAUUUAGGGGAUCUGGUUGCCCCAGAGGUUUUGAGGUUUGGUCUGUGGAUUUCACUCUGUUUUACAAUAAGGCUUAUUUUUACAGAAUAAAAUAAAGCCCAACAAGGGAGCACUUUACUGGAGGAGAUGAAGCAAGAA